AUCUAUCGCGUCGUGAUCGAGGGGCGGCCCGACUUCGAGGGCGUGGACGUGGCCGUCCGGAGGGUCCUGCCCGGCUGCGGUGCCGCCGACGCCACGUUCAGCAGCGACGGCGGCGAGGCCCACCCGCUGACGCCGCACUCGGUGGAGGCGUUCCUCGCGACCGGGCGCGCGUUGGCCAGCGGCCAGGUGGUCCUGCGCCUCGACGUCCCCGAGGUUUGCGAGGAGAGCUAUCCUCGGCGACGCGGCCCACUCUGCUGCAAUCGGCUGCUGCCACGACACCAGCGAAGCUUGCCAAGUCCCGUAGCAGCGGCGGCCCCAGGACCCGCGCCCCCUCGACGAGCUCGUGGCGGGGCUGCAGGACGUCCGCGAUAUCCGCCUUAA